AUGCAUGUGGCUAAACAUACCAAGAAGGUCAGAAUUGUUGGUAAAUAUGAAACACAUUACAGUGUAUCCCUCAGAAAAAUGGUGAAGAAAAUUGAAAUUAGUCAGCAUGCCAAGUAUACCUGCUCCUUCUGUGGCAAGACGAAAAUGAAGAGACAGGUAGUGAGUAUCUGGCUUUGUGGAUCCUGUAUGAAAAUAGUAGCUGAUGGUGCAUGGACCUACAAUAUCACCUCUACAGUCACAGUCAAAUCUACCAUCAGAAGACUAAAGGAAGUGAAAGACCAGUGGAAUCUUUAUCAAAUAUCUGUAGCCCAUAGUCCAACAAUAAAUGGGUUAAUUUAUGGGGGAAAAAACAAAGAAGAAGGGCUGUCCCUUCUUUAG